GCAAAUCUCUCCCCUAUCUUCUUCAUGAGCCAUCUCCCUCCCUUCCUCCUCCUCCUCUUUUCCUUCCUCCUCCCCCUCUCCAACGCUGACGUCGGAACAGCCUCCUCUUACAGCCCACCGUACAUUCCAACAAGGUGCUUCGGCAACGACCGGUCGCAAUUCCCCUCCGACGGCACCAUAGCUGCCGCCGGCUCCGGGAUAUGGAACAACGGUGGGGCGUGCAGCCGUCGGUAUGUUGUGCGUUGCAUAAGCUCGCAGCCGGCGGCGGCUUGCAUUAGCGACGCCACCGUGGAGGUCACCGUCGUCGACCAGGCCGCCAGGCUUGGGUCGCAGCAGUCAAUGGCGGGGACUACCAUCGCACUUUCACAGGCCGCGUACAGGCGGAUAGCGAGCCUGGAUGCGCGGGUGAUUAAUAUUGAAUUUGCACCUGUAUGAAGUUUCUCGGUUUUGCUAUGAUUUUAGGGUUAUUAUUUUAUUUUCUACAAAUUUGACUCAUAUUUAUUCAGUACAUUAUAAAAACAUAUAUUAUUUUUUUGCUAUAAAAAAUCGCAUUGGGUUAAUCGUGAUGUGAAAUGUAUAGUUGGAUUUAAAGAAAUCUAGAUUUCUGUUGAAAAUCUUAUUG